AUGAAGCUUCUCACUGGCCUCAUUUUCUGCUCCCUGACCCUGGGGGUCAGCAGUUGGUUUUCAUUUAUUGGUGAGGCUUACCGAGGGGCUGGGGGCAUGUGGCGAGCCUACUCUAACAUGAAGGAGGCCAACUGGAAAGAUUCAGACAAAUAUAUCCAUGCUAGAGGGAACUAUGAUGCAGCCUAACAGGUACUGGGGGAGUCUGGGCUGCUGAAGUCAUCAGUGAUGCAAGAGAGAGAAUUCAGAGUUUCAUGGGCCAUAGACAUGAGGAUUCCAUGGCUGA